AUGAAGGAAAAGUCCAAGAAUGCUGCGAAGACACGAAGAGAAAAAGAAAAUGGAGAAUUUUAUGAACUGGCCAAACUGCUGCCGCUGCCCUCGGCCAUCACAUCUCAGCUGGACAAAGCGUCCAUCAUCAGACUGACCAGCAGCUACCUGAAGAUGCGAGCCGUGUUUCCAGACGGUCUCGGAGAGGCCUGGGGUCAGGCGGCACGGGUCAGUCCUCUGGACCUCAUGGCCAAAGAUCUGGGGUCUCACCUGCUGCAGACGCUGGACGGCUUUGUGUUUGUCGUCGCGUCUGACGGUAAAAUCAUGUACAUUUCGGAAACAGCUUCGGUACACCUGGGUUUGUCACAGGUGGAACUGACCGGUAACAGCAUCUUUGAGUACAUUCAUCCAUCAGACCACGACGAGAUGAGCGCCGUGCUGAGCGCACACCAGCCGCUGCACCCACACUUCCUGCAGGAGCUGGAGCUCGAGCGCUCGUUCUUCCUGCGGAUGAAGUGUGUUCUGGCGAAGCGGAACGCGGGACUCACGAGCGGCGGGUAUAAGGUGAUCCACUGCAGCGGUUACCUGAAGAUCCGUCAGUUCGUGAUGGACGUGUCUCUGUACGAGUCGUGCUAUCAGAUCGUGGGGCUGCUGGCGGUGGGUCAGUCUCUUCCUCCCAGCGGCUUCACCGAGAUCAAACUCCACAGCAACAUGUUCAUGUUCCGCGCCAGUCUGGACCUCAAACUCAUCUUCCUGGACAGCAGCGUGGCGGAGUUAACGGGUCACGAGCCGCAGGAUUUGAUUGAGAAGACUCUCUACCAUCACGUCCACGGCUGUGACGUGUUCCACCUGCGAUACGCACAUCAUUUACUGCUGGUCAAAGGUCAGGUGACCACUAAAUAUUACCGCUUCCUGUCCAAACACGGCGGCUGGGUUUGGGUGCAGAGUUACGCCACCAUCGUUCACAACAUCCGCUCGUCUCGUCCGCACUGCAUCGUCAGCGUCAACUACGUCCUCACGGAUGUGGAAUAUAAAGAAAUGCAGUUCUCUCAGGACCAGAGCAGAUCCAGACCGUCUCUCUUCUAUAAGAAAUCGAGUCUCGCAGCUCCUCAGGACUCACGCAAACAGCUGAAAGCCAAAGCAGCCAAAAUCAAAAGUAAACCCAAAGCGGCUCCAUAUCCGCAGACCUCGCUGCAUGCUGAUAAACCGGAGUGUCCCUCGUGGAUGUCGGGCCCCUGCAGCCUGUCAUCCUGUCAGGAGCAGAGCCCCAUCUCACUGACGCAUGGCCCCGAGCCGUCCUACACAUACACAGACACACAGGCCACCGCACGCGUCCUCUCCUCGCUGCCGUCACGGAGAGAAGUUCCCUGGAGCUGCGUUGGAGCUAAUAAAGCUGCGGCACACCUGCAGACACCUGCACCCUGCAGUGCAUACUCAGGUGCGGUGCACGGCGGCUUCAGACCCGGCGGGGCGUUUAAAGAGGAACCCUGUCAGAACCGCAGCAGCAGAGGGCGAGAGGACGAGCGGGUCAGACGGCAUCAGGAGCUCCAGGGAUUCGGCCAGCAGCCGCUGCUGGAGAUGCAGAGACACAGGCUGUGUGUUACGAACACACCGUACGAGGACCGGAACCCCAGACUCUCGGAGCAGAACCACACGGAGGAGAAGAGGCUGCCGGGGGCACAGAGCCCUUACGUCUCUCUCAACCUCCACCACGUCUGGGCCAAACAUGUCCCAUCAGGACCCUACGCUCUCAGCCGCUUAACGGACGCUUACCGGGGCGAGGAGGUGAACCCAUACCUGUACCGGACCCAAAGCCCCACGGCCGACGCACACCGCGGCGCUCCUCAUUACAUCGGCACGUCUGUCAUCAUCAGCAACGAGAGGUGACCCGCUCAGAACCGCUCGCCUGUCCCGGCCGCUUCUACUGCUUAUGCAGAACUACAGACCUUGUGUUCACACACACAGCAGCGUCGCCUGAAGGAGAGUCAGGAAAAUCUGUUUCAGCGCGAUGAGCAGCCGGGAUACUACAGCCAGGAGAGAACGCGUUUCGGGCAUUCAGGGUCUCCACAUGAACCUUACAUUUGCUGCACAUUAUUGUUCACUAAACUCAGAUAUGCAAGACAUAACCAUCCACGUGUUUUUGUGCCAACAU